AUGGCACAUGUAAACUGUCAUGCCUACGGAAAAGGUCCUAAUGAUGAUGAUGCUAAUUUUGUUCGUAAAUGGUUCAUUGGGAUGGAAUUCGAUCGCAAUACUAAUUCUUUGACCAACCUAAGUGAGAAUAUCAGCUCUUUUGAAAAAUCAAUUGAACGUGGUCUUUCAAGUGAAGACUUAUCAGUAACCGUUAAAUAUGUCAAAAAGUCACAAUUAGCUCAGUUCAUUUCUGCAGAAGAUAUGGAUGAAAUUAAACGUCAAGCUGCUUCUGCCGCUUUAUCAAAUGUAAAUAAUCCUACUGAAAGUCUAAAAAGUGGCCGUUUACUUCCGAACAGCAACACAUUGAAUUCAAUAUCCAGUCCAGCCAGCAGUAUUGAACUCUCUGGAUCUGAGGAAUUUUCGUCCCCUGCAAAUAGUCUUCAUAAUUCCAUUUCUACAAGUUCUCUGACCAACAUGGCUACCAUAAACUCAUCACCAAAAUGUCCUCCUCCAUCUCCGAAAUUAAUAUCCUCUGGGGUAUGUGGUGCUGUACCACCUGACAUUCAACUAAAUGAAUCAUCACUUUCCCUAGAUAAUCACAAAUAUGAUCCCAUGAAGGAUACACAUUUAUUGUCUUCAGAUCAUUCCUUGUGCAAUAAUACACUCAAUUCAGUCGAUUCUACUGGUAAACUUACAUCAAAACGUGUUGGAUUGGUUGAUUCCAGUCUUGAACUUUCCUCCGAUAGUCAUCCAAAUUCUAGGAGUAAUGCUGACUCACAAUUGCAUGGUUCGGAAGAUUUUAGGAAGCGUGCCCGUAUAUCUUCGGAAAAUUCACGACCUGUUGUUUUUACUUCAUCUGCCCAUUUGUAUUUAUUCGUUGGUCUAUUGUUAUUUUCGAUUAACGGUUUUUACCUGUUUUUGCGUGGGGGAGAAAACAUGAAGUCUCAGUCACUACCACCGUUUUCAUCAUUUUCCUUGAACUGA